AUGUCAGAGAUAGACCCCCUAGAUGAGUUUCUCCUGCCACAGGAUGCCGAACGGAGUAUUAUCAAGAAUGACCCAUUGAUUAGUGGCGGUCCAAUUCCACUGGAAUCCCCAAGCAGAAAGCUCACAUCUUUACUCUCCUAUGAUCCAACAAUCCCCGAGUCACCAGAUAUGAAGUUUGCUCGCAAACGGCUUGGAAAUCUUCUCACUACUAUAAAGCAUCAUCCAUCUGAAAUAAUUGGCGUUCUUCCGGAAGAUUAUACUCGUGGUGAAGAGGAAUCUAGCCGUCAAGGUCGGCCUCCGGGUCGUCCACGUAAAAUGAUGCGUCAUGAAUCUUCUACUUCUCUUUUGGAUUCACCUCGUAAAACCAUGACUCGUGACUCUAAAAUAAUGUUCGAACUACGAGGAAAACCGUUCGAAAUGGUCGCUGGAAGAUUCGAAGAAGAGUAUUCAUUAGGCAGAGCGUGGGUGAAAGGACAUAUGAACAACGACUAUGUACCAAUUAACACGAAACGGACAGAAUUUGCACCAAAUUUGGCUGUGGAUUAUCUGGCUUGUAGAGAAAUUCAUAGAAUGCCACGUCCAGAUGAAAAUGUCCCCGAAUUGCCAGUCAUCCCAACAAAAAUCGACAAAUUUGAUGAUCAAGUCGAUCCGAGAUACCUGUCUGACUUGAAAACGGAAUAUAUUCGCCACUGGAAAGAAGUCAAGAAAGGAUGGUGUGCUCAUCAACGUGAGCGUAACGCUCGUUACGCAAAAAGUAUUCAACUCAUCGAGAAAGUCUUCCAGCCUCCAGAUAUGAGAAACGCAGAUUCAUCGAUGGGGCUCAUGUGA